AUGCAACAACAAUCGCAACAACAGCAACCGCAACAACAACAGUCACAACAACAAAACUCACAACAACAGCAACCACAACAACAACAACAACCACCACAACAACAAUACUACUCAUCCAAUAUGAUGAUGAAGAGACAAAUGGGAGGGAAAAUUAACCACAAUUCACAACAACCUAUGAGCGCAUACUCCCAAUAUUCUAAUUCAUACGGAGGACAGAGUGGAUAUGGACAACCCAUUGGUCAAUCACAAAUGAUGAAACGUCAACAACAGUCAAAACUAGCACAAGCUUUCCAUCCUUCACAACAAGGUCAACAACAACAACAACUACCACAACAAUAUGGAUAUCCACCCAUUCAGCAUUACAUGCAAAUGGGAGGGGUAAAUAUGCAACCUCAACAAAUCCCAUAUUUCCAACAACCUCAAUAUUACGAUAACAUAGGAUUUGAUGAAAAUCAGCAAGACAGUUAUGAGCCUGUUGAUGGGCCAUAUGUUUAUGAUGACAACGUCGAAGAAUCGGUUAUGGGCGGUGUUGUGAAACGUGAAUUGAUGUAG